AUGGGUACAUCAAAUACAAUUCACUCUUUACUUAAAGCUAUCGCAGACAAAGCCCCAACAACAGAUAUCGAGAAUAUCAUUUCCAAGAGGGUCCAGAAAUACAUAGCAAAUCCUUUAUUCUUUGAACUUCCGCUGAGUUCAAUUUAUAGAAUUUUUUCAAACGCAGGAACAGUCAAAGCCGCUAUCGCCGCACAGUUCCUUGAAACAUUAUCAGCAAAGCAUGGCAGUAAUGCAAUUGUAAUUCUCAAGACAAUGAGAGUUUCAUGUGCGUCAGUCCAAGAAAUUUGCAAUGUGUUCAGCUGUGUACGUGGAGCGCCAUUGUGCGACAGACUUGCAUCUUUUAUACAUCCAGAAAAGUUCGAAAAAGAAAAGCCUGCUGACUAUGAACCUAAUAUUUUCAUAGCAGCAAGAAAAGGGAGCAAAGGCAGCAUAAAGUACAUGUUGGACACAGAUAUCGAUCCAGACAUUCGCGAUAAAUCAAACAACACACCCCUGAUAAUCGCAUCUUUAUAUAAUCAAACAGCAAUCGUAGAAUUACUACUCGAUGGAGGCGCUAACAUCAAUGCAUGCGAUGAAAUCGGUCGAACGCCAUUAAUAUGCGCUGUAUCUGUUGGAAAUAUCGAAACGAUCAAAAUUCUCUUAAAUCGCGGAGCAAAUGUUAAUGCAUACGAUAAGGAACGCCAAACGGCUUUACAUUUUGCUGCAGCUUCCGGCAAAAUGGAAAUAGUUCAAUUAUUAAUGGAAAAAAAUCCAACAAUUGACGCAAAAGAUUCAGCUGGUUUUACACCAUUACUACUGGCCAUCUCAGAUGCGCAAUAUGAAGUGGCAGAAUAUCUAAUGGAAAAAGGAGCCUCAAUUGAAAGCCAAACGUCAAGUCUUAAACGACCAAUUACAUUUGCAGCAGCUAACGGUAACGCUAAACUUGUUCGAAAGCUUAUACAUAGAGGAUCACUCAUAGAUCCAAGAGAUUCUAACGGAUGGACGCCGUUAAGCCACGCCGCAAGUAGAGGACACGCGGAUGUUGUUUCUAUACUCAUCAAAAAAGGCGCAAACGUUAACUCUAAGGCCUUGAACUUAUGGACUCCUUUAAUGCACAGUUCAUAUGGAGGCUACAAAGAUGUUGUUAUACUAUUAACUGAUAAUGGAGCAGAUGUGACGUUUAAAGACCCUAUUGGGCGGUCUGCUCUUCAUUUCGCUGCAAAUAACGGAAAUGUUGACAUUAUACGGCACUUGAUUGAUAAAGGACUAGAUGUAGAUCAGAGGGAUUGUGGUGAAAAGACUCCUCUGAUGUACGCUGCUUUGGAAAAUAAAGCGGAAGCUGUUGCAUUUUUGUUAGAAAUGGGAGCUGAUCCGAUAGCUAUUGAUGAGAAGGGAUUGACUGCUUAUGAAAUGGCACGACUCGAACCUACAAGAGCUGUGCUUAGACCAUAUAUGAAAGAAUUGAUUAGAUAA